AUGGAGAAACUAAUUGCACGACUUGGAGAGAGCAAGGGUUUCCUUGUUGCCUUUGGUUAUGGUGUCACUUCAGUGUCCAUCACAUUCUUCAACAAAGCAGUACUGAACGUUUAUGGCUUCGACUAUUCCAAUGCACUGACACUUGGUCAAAUGGUGUUCUCACUCUUCUUCCUUACUGUUAUGAAACAAUUAAAGCUUAUCACCUAUCCAGACAUUAGCAAAGACCUUAUCAAGAAGUUGGCUUCACUCUCUGUAUUGUUUAUCUUGAUGGUCGUCUCUGGACUGGCCGCACUGGCAAAGACCAAUGUGCCAUUGUUUAGUGCUCUGCGACGUCUCUCAACACUCAUUGUGAUUCUUGGAGAGAGAAUCCUACUUGAAAAAGUGACGCCAGCCAAUGAGAUUCAGUCAGUUGUACUAAUGGUACUGGGUGCCCUCAUUGCAGGAUGGGGAGAUGUCACCUUUGACUUUGUUGGAUCAUUGUAUAUAUUGUUCAACUGUUUUGUAACUGCUGGAUAUCUAAUAUACAUUGCCAAGAAAUCCAAAGAAACAGGAUUGAAUACAUUCGGUCUAAUGUUCUAUUGUAAUAUCAUUUCAAUACCAGCAACGAUUGUCCUAACAGUGCUGACAGAGGGAGAGGGCAUUAUGUCCUAUGGAGGAUAUGGCAACCUUGGUUUCCAGGUAUGCUUCCUAAUGUCCUCAGUACAAGCAUUCCUAUUGAACUACUUUAUCUUUUUGUGCUCCACCUACAACUCACCUCUCACCACCAGUAUCACUGGUCAGAUCAAGUCGAUCCUGCAGACCAUUCUGGGACUGUUUAUGUUUGGAGAUGUUGUUUUGUCUGCCAUACUGAUCUAUGGUUUGGUCAUCAGUACUCUUGCCAGUUUCUGGUACACCUUUAUCAAGUAUAGUCAACAACUGGCGAGGGCCAGCCAAGCCAACUUAAAUAAAGUUUAA